AUGGAUAUCACUUCCAGAAAAUCUCCAGAUAAGUCUUUCUCUAAUGUGGAAAAAAAUGUUUCACGUAGGCGUUGGUUAACUCCUUUACAAAUACUCACAUUGAGGCGUCUCUUUUUACUCUUAUGCAUGAUAGUUAUUAUAUUUAUCAUAUUCUUUAUAUAUUAUCCACAGUACAUCUAUGAUGAAAAAGAGUUAAACGAGACCAUAUCUAUUACAAUACCACGUGGAGAUCUUCACAAGAGCCGAAAGUGGAAUUCAUACCUUUCACUUGGACGUCAGAAAGCGUCUUCAAUCUUUCCUAAUGAUCAAUCUAUCACAUUAACGAAUGCCGAUCACGUGAUUCGUAGAGGAGCCUCUGUUCAAAAAUUGUUUUCUUGCUAUGGGGAAAUAAAGAAUGCGAAUAUAAGUACUCCAAAGACUAAACUAUACGAUUUUGUUAUUUUGCCAAUUGGUUGCUUUGGUGAUUUUCUCUCUAUGUGUGUAUCAUGUACCCUUAGCAUGACACUAGUAAAUGCCACCUACUGUGGUCGAAAAAAGUUAGGACUUUUUCUUGGAGACAAUUUUUACCCAAAUGGUAUUAGAUCUUUUCGUGAUCCACGGUUUAAUCGAGAUCUUAACAAGAAAUUUCUUAGAUUUCCUGAACUUCGUAUUCAAUAUUACGCCACAAGUGGAAAUCAUGAUGAACAUCCACGGUUUUUAUAUCGUAAUAAAAUGCAUUGGACAUUCCCUUCACCUUUUUACAAUAGUGGUGUUCUCCAAAGUGGAAAGACUACCAUAGAAAUAUUUGUCUUCUCUACAAAUCCAUAUGAAUUACAGACUUCGCAGAAAUUUCACAAGAGACAAGCAGAAUGGCUUAAUAAAACUUUAGCCAAAAGUACAGCCCAUUGGAAGAUAGUCAUGACACAUGAACCCAUAUUUGAUUUCGUGACCUUACAUCACUUUCCAAGAAGUACUGGGUCUAUACAUCCUAUACUUAAAGCCCACAAGGUGGAUUUGUUAGUAUGUGCUCAUCUACAUGGUGUAUUUUUACAUCGUGUGGAUGGUGGAUAUUAUCAAUUAAUAUCGGCAGCAUUUACAAAUGGUUUGAUAGGUAGCGUUCAUCCAAGGCGUCCGUUGGGGUACAAUCAUCUUGGUAUUGGUGCCACGGCUCUUCUGGUGGAUCAUGAUAUCAUUACUGUUCUUGCGAUGGACGCGCAUGGUCAUCUCAUCUUUCAACACAAUAUUCCAAAACAAGUGACGUCUUAG